CGAUCGGAAAUAUGGCGGCGGAAGAAUCUGAGAGGCAGCAGAAAAGUGAUUGUGACGGUGUGAACUGUCUUACUUACGAUGAAGCAAUUAUUGCUCAGCAGGAUCGUAUUCAGCAGGAGAUUGCUGGUCACACUCCAUUGCUCUCUGAACGUUUGGACCUGUCUGUACUGUACCAAGAGUAUGCCUCUGAUGACCAGGUUUACCAAAACAAGCUCAAGGAUCUACAUAGAAGAUACAAUCACAUACGACGUACACGGCCAGAUGGGAACUGUUUCUAUCGAGCGUUUGGCUUCUCUUAUUUAGAAGCUUUGCUUGGAGGAGGACCAGAGCUUGCAAGGUUCAAGGAGGUGUCAUUACACAGUAAGGAUGAACUGAUAAGGCAGGGAUUUACAGAGUUUACUAUAGAAGAUUUCCACAAUACGUUUAUGGACCUCAUUGCACUUGUGGAAAAGCAUCCUGCUGUUCCUGAGCUCUUAGCUGCAUUUAACGAGCAGACCGUGUCCGAUUAUGUGGUGGUGUACUUACGUCUCCUGACAUCGGGUCACUUACAGAAAGAAAGCAUCUUCUACCAGCAUUUUAUAGAGGGAGGAAGAAGUGUCAAAGAAUUCUGCCAGCAGGAGGUGGAGCCCAUGUGUAAGGAAAGUGACCAUAUACACAUCAUUGCUCUGUCCCAGGCCCUAAAUGUCUCCAUCCAGGUUGAAUAUAUGGACAGGGGCGAGGGGGGAGCCACAGUCACCCAUGUUUUCCCUGAAGGUUCAGAUCCCCCUCAGGUCUUUCUAUUAUACCGACCUGGACACUACGACAUUCUCUACAAGUGACCUGAAUCCUCGCUGUUCUGUAAACCCCUUUCUGCAAAACUGUUCUUUUCCCUCCCUCCCCCCCCAUCGUCUGAGCUUCCCUUUCCCCCAUCUUCCCUGUCUGUUACGUUUUAUCUCUAAUGAGAAAAUAAAUAAUAAAAUCCA